GAAAGUCACACGCGCACUGAUGGAUAACUGAGGGAACGAAGAGUAACUUGGAAAGGACAGAUAGCGCAACACAGAAACCGCAGUUUAGGAGUUAAACUACAUUUUGGUUCGUUGUUGGACUCUUUAGCAAAAUAUGACAAAUUUGAUCACAAUGAUGUCCAAACGAGGAGACAUGUCUGAGCUGGUAAGUUCCUUGGGCUGGCUAGAGGAAGACCUGAGCUCCCAGGAUGGAGAAGAAGGUCCUGACAUGGGAAGCAACAGGAGCAUCGGUCAAGGCAGUGAGGACAUGGAGGAUCCAGAGGAAGAUGAUGAUGAAGAUGACAAGGCUGGAAUUGACGGAGAGAACAAGGCGCCCAAACGGAGGGGUCCCAAGAAGAAGAAGAUGACCAGGGCCAGACAGGAGAGGUUCAAGGCCAGACGCUCCAAGGCCAAUGCCCGUGAGCGGUCACGAAUGCACGGGCUGAACGACGCGCUGGACGUGUUGCGCAAGGUCAUGCCCUGCUACUCCAAGACCCAGAAACUGUCGAAAAUAGAGACCCUGCGGCUGGCCCGCAACUACAUCUGGGCCCUGUCUGAGGUGCUGGAGAAUGGCCAGUCCCCAGAGAGCCAUGGCUUUGUGGAGAUGCUGUGCAAAGGCCUGUCCCAGCCCACCUCUAACCUGGUGGCCGGCUGCCUCCAGUUGGGCCCUUCCGCCCCCAUGCUGAUCAACAAGCUGGAUGAGAAGCCCUGCGGAGCUCCAGCGAUGGGGGGCCAGUCUGGCCAUCCCUUAGUCUACCCCUCCCCAGGCCUGCCCAGCCCCCCGUAUGGUUCCCUGGAGGCCUCCCACCUCCUCCACAUGAAGAGCUUCAAGGCAUCGGUCUACGAGCAGCACCCAUCCCCUAACGAGUGCGGCAGCAACAGCACCCCGCCUUACGACGGGCCCCUCACGCCGCCCCUCAGCAUCAGUGGCAACUACGCCCUGAAGCAAGAGCCGUCCCCGCACGAGGCCGAAAGGAGCUACCCCUCCCAUCCGCCCCACUACCUCUCUUCCCUGCCCCACUAUGCCCCGUCGGCCGUGGGCGGCCUGCCAGGGCCCCAGGGCCACCUCUUUCAGGCCUCGCGCUACGAACUGCCCCUGGACAUCCAGGCCUUCGACUCCUUUCCUCCCCCACACAUGGUGGCCUCGCAGAUGGGCAGCAUCUACAGCGAGUGAGGGCGACCGGGUCGGACUUCGUGGCCCAGGGCGAGAUCGGCGCACCGCCUUGCCUCCAGUCCUCCAUCCUGCUGCCAGCACCGUGGCUCUAUGAACUACUGUAGAGAGACAAUGACUUGUAAUUUAUAUUGUCUGGCGUCCAACUCUGGGGAGCAUUGGAUGCUCUAGAGAGAGACUCACAACUCGACCUACCUGAUCACUAUGAACUAUACUAUAAGAGAAAAACAGGCAGCAUUUGUUUUAUUAUUCAUUUAUACAAGUGUUUGUUUGCUAUUUAUUGUUUAUUAUCAUUUAUUAUUUGUUCUCGUUAUGUGUUCUGUCAUGAUCUAUUUCUAUGUCCGGAUAUUUCCUCUCUCACUUCCUGUUAGCACUGCUGUUUGUUUUGUUUUUUUGUUUGUUGACCAAAUCAGAUAUCCAGGUAUAUAACCGCUGCAAACUGUCUCAGUCCUCCGUGGCCAGGCAUCUCCAUGGAAACACAAGUACCUGGGUGAGAAGACAUUCCUCUGCGUGUCGGUGGACGGAGAAGAAAUGUCAUGUCGUUGUUUUACACUCGUUCACUGUGACGUCUGCACUGAGAUCCAUACUGUAACCAUAGUAACAGAAAUGCAUUUUAUUUAUAUCCGUAUUUAAUAUUUAUUUUAAUAACCAUUGAUUAUGUUCUUUUUUUUUUGCAUUUUCUCCGCACUGUUUUUGUGUAAAUGUCUUCUCUGUCUUCAUUUGUCAGUUUCUGACAGCUUUACCGAUGAAGUAUUUAAAAUAUUAUUUAUUCAUAGUAUGUUUCAGGAAUUUGUGUCUUGGUGUCGAUCACUAUUUAUCACACCGUUUUUGUAAAUAUUUGGCUCUU